UGGACGAUGAGCAUUAAAGAAGAAGAGUCAGUUGUAAACAUGGAGCAGUGAAGACAGGAGUGGAAAUGACAUGCUUUCUAUGACAUCAGAGGCAGAAAUCUCGACGCUUUAAGCAACAAAAGCUUUCAGUCCUCCAGGCAGAUCUGAGGUCAGCUGAGGACAAUGUUUUGUCUCCAGCUUCCUCUGCUGCUUCAGCCUGGAACUUCAGUUCACCUUGUUUGUCGUCACAUCCACAAACUGGCCUCGCUUCGCAAAGUGACCUCACUGCCUCCCAGAAAGAUGCAGAGCCUACUGUACCCCUUCAGUGGCUUAGAGGCGUACCUGGACAGGUCAGUGGACCGGAUGCAGUUUCAGCUCUUUCAUCCUUCCGUGGAGGACAUGAUGGAGGCAGAGAAGCUCUUCUGUUCUUCACCGUCUCACAGGAUUGAUUACUACGUCUCUGCAGAGAGGUUGGAUCACACUCCUGCUCUGAAACAGCCAGAGGUAUGUUUCAUCGGCAGGAGCAAUGUGGGAAAGUCGUCUCUCGUCAAAGCUCUGUUUUCCCUCACUCCGGAAGUAGAAGUCCGAGUCUCCAAAACUCCAGGCCACACCAAGAAGAUGAACUUUUUCAGAGUGGGCAAAGCCUUCACCCUUGUGGACAUGCCGGGUUAUGGUCACAGAGCUCCCAAAGACUUUGUUGACAUGGUGGAGCCGUAUCUUUACACCAGGAAAAAUCUGGUGAGGACGUUCCUGUUGGUGGAUGGCAGCGUUGGUCUUCAGAAGGCUGACCUGAUCGCCCUGGAGAUGUGUGAGGAGACCAGAUGUCCAUAUGUGAUGGUGGUGACAAAGAUCGAUAAGUGUGCACAAGGAGCCCUGCUGACAAACCUGCUGAAUCUUCAGAAUGUGGUGAAAACUCAGACCACGAGCUGCUUCCCCCAGCCCCUUCUGAUCAGCUCUGUUCAUUAUUGGGGUAUCCAUCUACUGAGAUGCUUCAUUGCACAUGUGACUGCGAGCAUCAGGCUGAAGGACACUUCGAAAAGUGGAUAAGACGCCCAUCUGUUUCACUGAGAAGGAAUAAUGAUCUGGCAGAGGGUAUCUUCUGUUGAGUGACUGUACAUACAUCAUAAAUUAUUGGACAUGUCGACAGCUGUUCUGGUUUUAUUUUCUAAUAAAAUGUUUAACUUUU